GGUUCGACUAAUGCAUUUCGAUACUUGAACAUUUGGAAAUCUUAAAACUCCACAGAAGUACCAUCACUUUGAGGAUAAACCCGGAAUAGGUCUAGUGAAAGCUGGGGUGUCAGUUCGUUCGUCAGUCAGAAGAACGGAGAUUUGAGGAGAGAUGGCGCGUUUGGUGGCUGUCUGCAGGGAUGGAGAAGAGGACUAUAUUUUCCUAGCACGACAGAUUCCCCUUUACAUCGAUGACACACUCACUAUGGUGAUGGAAUUCCCAGAGAGUAUCCUGGAGUUUGACAGCCAGCAGAUUCACAGUUCGCAAAUGAAACAGUUUGUUGAGCAUCACAGACUUUUGAAACAGCAAGAUCUGAACAUGGCGUUGAUGGUGAUGUCCCGAGAAGUAUUCAGCGCUCUGUCUCAGUCUGUGCCGUGCGUUGGCUGCAGACGCAGUGUGGAGCGUCUCUUCUCCCAGCUUACAGACUCAGGACAUUUCGCCCUGGAGCCUCUCACCUUGGGAUCGUCUGGAGUGCUGUCAGUGACACGGACAUGCCUCACUGACCCCAGAAAACUCUACAUGCUCUUUUAUGUGCACGGGUUGAAGUUAAACAGCGUAAUUGAUGCUAUUCCCAAGAGUAAAAAGAACAAACGCUGUCAGCUGCACUCUUUAGACACGCACAAACCCAAACCUUUAGGGGGCAGCUGGAUGGAUGUGUGGGAACUGAUGUCACAGGACUGUCGUGAUGAGGUGGUUUUGAUUGAUAGCGCCUCUCUUCUUGAAACUCUGGAAACGUACUUGCGCAAACACAGGUUCUGUACCGACUGUAAGAACAAAGUUUUGAGAGCAUACAACAUCCUGGUGGGAGAUCUGGACUGCAGUAAAGAGAAAGGCUACUGCGCUGCCCUGUAUGAGGGUUUACGCUGCUGCCCCCACGAGCGCCAUAUCCACGUCUGCUGUGAGACCGACUUCAUCGCUCACUUACUGGGCCGAGCAGAACCUGAGUUCGCAGGCGGUUACGAGCGGCGUGAGAGACAUGCAAAGACCAUGGACGUCGCUCAGGAGGAGGUGCUGACGUGUCUGGGAAUCCAUUUGUACGAGCGGCUACACAGGAUCUGGCAGAAACUGCGGGCGGAGGAGCAAACGUGGCAGAUGCUCUUUUAUCUUGGCAUUGAUGCCCUCCGCAAAAGCUUUGAGAUGACCGUGGAGCGGGUUCAGGGUAUCAGCAGACUGGAACAACUUUGUGAAGAGCUCUCAGAGGAGGAGAGAGCAAAAGAGCUCAAGCAGGAGAAGAAGAGGCAAAAACGCAAGAACAGACGUAAAAACAAGUGUGGGUUUGAACAAGAAGCUGAGGAGGAGAAGGACAAAAGUCUUGAUGAGGGUUCAUCAGAGUCUGUGGAUGGUGGUUGUAAGUCAUGUGGCAGUGGAGUGGAGUCUGUAGGCAGUGUGGAUGUCAUCAUCUCCAGUGAGCUCUCCUCCUGUACCUGUCCUGCUUCUUCUGACCUACAUUCCCCCAAAACCAAGAAAGCAGCACUGUUACCCCACAGUAACGGCAGCGACUGUGGCUACUGUUCCAGUAUGGAGGGCAGUGAGACGGGGUCUCGGGAGGGCUCAGAUGUGGCCUGCACCGACGGAAUGUGUAACCAUGAAGAAACGGGUACAGGAGAAGGUGAAUGCUCCUGUGUUCACCGCGGCUCAGAGGAGAAGGAGGAAGACGCUGUGGACAGCUGUGUGGAGUGCUGGGCUAUCUCAGAAGAACACACAAAGAGCAAAAACAAGAAGAAGAAAAGAAAAACUAAGUGCAGGAGCGAUCAUACAUCUACGCUAAAUGAGAGCUGUGCAUCAGACAGCAGGAGAGGUUCUGGAUCUGUUUGCAUCCAUGAGGCCUCCUCUUCAUCACAUCUGUGCCGCAGCAAAGACGCAGCCUGCUCCAACUUGUGCUGUGUGUCGUCAGUGAGGGUUCAUACGCUGAGCUGUGGAAGACACUUACACGCUCUGCCUCCCGUACCUGACACCUGUGCUCACAGCGACGGCAGUGCCAAGAGCCUGAUGGAGUUACUGAAGGAAUCUGAAGUGACCUCGGAUGACGAGAACUGUCUGACGCAGGAUGAGAUCCAGUCAUUUGUAGAGAACAACAAGUCCUUCUACCGCAUGCGAGACCAGUACAGACAGGGCCUUAAAGACCGCUUCACCAAAUACUGCCACUCCAGUGUGUGCACUGGAGAGUGGCCGUCCGCCACCAGCGUCAACUAGACCGUACACACUAACUCACACUUAUUUUUAUAGACCAUAACACUCAUGAUCACCACUGCGUUGUCAGUUUGUUUUUUCCGAAGCAUGGAUUUGGAAUUGGAAGGGGUAAAAUAAUUCAGUGCUGUAUUUAGCAAAUUUGAUGACGUUCGUAUUUGUUGGGAAAAGUUACCUGUCUGUCACAUAUAUGUCUUCCCCUUUAAGCACCUCCUCUUUAACCCCAAAUUCUUUUCAACCAAUCACAGGUGACUUGGUUUUCUUUUUCUUGUGACAUGUGGAUUAGGAAACAGUUUCUUAGGAGACACAGUUAUUAAAUAAAUAGGCCUUGGCUGUAGGGUUAGAUGUCGGUAGUCUUAAUGUAUUGUUUGUAACACAUUUCUUUGUCUUCUUUUCUUCCCUUAAUCAUUUCCCUGACUGUGACAAUUUUAGUGGAAAAAACUAAGCGUGUACAGAGAUUAGAAAAGAUUUUACAGAAAGAUGAAACAUCCACUAAUAAAGACGUUUGGAUGUAAUGUUGGCCACAAUGUGCAAAAUUUACAUAAUAAAGAAUAUUUAUUAAUAUGCA